AAUCUGAAAUUUCGCCACAAGAAUACAACAAUAACCGCAGAUUCGAACGCUUUGUUUUAUCUCAUAAAAAAUAACACAUCAUCAAACCAACACCCACUUGACAUGCGCCUGGCUGACUGACGUGACCUAUGCGCAUGCGCGAUGGAAUCGCCGUUUUGGGGGCGUUCCUGGCGUGCGGCAGAGGGGCGUGGCGGAGGUGGGUGUGUUUUGCUCAGCUGAUACACGCAUACGCCGACUAUCAUCACCCGGUCCAGUCAAUACAGAUACCGUGCGGUUUCUAUGGACCCGCUGUGGACGCGUCGGAACCGUAACGCCGCUGAUGUGUGACGCGCAUCACUGUCCGCGCUUCUACAGCAUGUUUGAGGCGUGUGGAUGGAGGUGCCGCAGCAGCUGUGAUGCUCCACACGGAGGGUUGCUGGGUUGAGUGACUCCAGCAUGGGCAGCGUGGGCAGCGGUGUGGCCGGAGAGCAGGAGUUUGCCAUGAAGAGCGUGGGCACGCGCACCACCCUCCCUCGCGGCCCGCCCCUGUCCCGACGCGGCCCGUCCGACCGCAGCUUCAGCACCGAGCGUCUGCACGCGCCCCCCUCGGAGGUCUCCAGCAGCAUCACUACGGAUCGCGCGCAGCUCAACAGCACCUCCUCUCACCUGGAGCGGCUCCCCAGCAACGGGAACGGGCCGGAGGGUAACGGCACUGGCCGCAGAGACGCGCACAGAAGCGGCGGGGUGAUGUUGUUGGACGCCUGCGGUAACAUGCUGGGACACAACAAGGAGAAGAUCCAGAAUGCAUCUGUGAAGGGCAGAGAUGGAAACAUGACCAAGAGGGACAGUCGCACGCCACCCAAAAUACUGACUGUGUCUGAAAAGCUCGAGCAGAAUAAUUCUGCGCUGGUCCGGCCGUCUGCCUUCAAACCUGUGGUGCCCAAGAGUUUUCACUCCAUGCAGAAUCUGGUUGGACAGUCUGCAGGCGGAAGUCGUUCUGCCGGGUCUGGGGGAGGUUCCGACGCCCCACAAUCCCUCUGUGAGCAGGACAGUCCCGACAGAGACCCUUCAGGUGGAAACGACGGCCAGGGCAUGUCCGACUCGGGCAGGAACUCUCUCACCAGUCUGCCCACAUACGCUGGUCCGGGCUACGGCCCCCCUCAAGCUCUCGGACCGCUGAGCGCCUCCACCAGUCACAUCAACAGACUGGGAACCACCGGAGCGCCGCUGGACAAAGUGGACAAGAGCAACUAUCAGAACGGUCUGAGCGUGUCCGACAGCUGCCGGUCGUCGUCAGGAAAAAGCUCUUUAUCAUACCGGAGACUCUGUCAUCUCAAGGACACGUGUGCCGCCGUCCAGCCGUCUCCUUCAACUGAUGACAUCAUCCAGGACCUGGAGGACCGCCUGUGGGAGAAAGAGCAGGAGGUGCUUCACAUGAGGCGCAAUCUGGAUCAGAGCGAAGCGGCCAUCGUUCAGGUGUUCGAGGAGAAGCAGCGGGUGUGGGAGCGUGAGAUGGAGGAGCUGCGGCAGAAUUACGCCGGGCGUCUGCAGCAGGUGACCCGUCGGGCUCAGCGCACACAGCAGGCACUGCAGGCUCACACCACCCGACUGCAGCAGGACAAGAGUCGCCUACAGGAGGAGAUCGGUGCCCUGCUCACCCAGAGAGAAGAUCUGGAGAGAAAGUGCCUGGAUUACCGCAAGGAGCAGGCGGACAUUCUGCCCCGACUGGAGGAGACCAAGUGGGAGUUGUGUCAGAAGGCGGGUGAGAUCUCCCUGCUCAAGCAGCAGUUGAGAGAGAGUCAGAACGAGGUGACGCAGCGAGCGGGUGAGAUGGUGGCCCUCAGGGGUCAACUGAAGGAGCUCAACGCUCAGCUGAAGGAGCGUGAGGAGACCAUGAUGGGCCUGAAGGACUCGUACACAAACAAGAGCCGAGAGCUGGAGAGAUGUGAGGGAGAGCUCAAACGAACACUGACCGAGGUGUCUGUGUUGCGGGAUAAGCUGGUGGUGUUCGAGGCGGAGGUUCUGGGUCUGAAACGGGCUCUGUCCGAGCUCGGCUGCAGGAGCGAACGCAGCACCACGGCUCUGAGCGGCAGUUUACCCUGGGCCGGCCUCCACUCGGCCCGCGCGCCCGAGACCCUCGCCGCCCUCGCGCCCCUCAGCGCCACUGUGGACGCUUUCCUCAGCCUGCAGAGCGACGAGGCCAAAGCGCAGCGUCAGGAGGCGGGCGAGCUGCGCAGACAGCUGGAGCGUCUGCAGGGGGAGCUGCAUCUGGAGAGGCAGCAGAGAGAGAGACAGGCGCUCACCUUCGCUCAUGAGCGUCACACCUGGCAGGACGAGAAAGAGCGAGUGCUGAAGUAUCAGGCUCAGCUGCAGCUCAGUUAUGUGGAGACGCUGCAGAGGAAUCAAGCGUUGGAGGAACGGGUCGGUCAGCUGGCCACCACGCCCGGCUCCUCGCCGCCCAUCAGCAUCUCCAUUCCUGUUCCGGUGAGCGCCGCGCUGACGCCGACCGCAGAGGAUCCGAAACUGCCUGUGAUGCAUCAGCUGGCUCCUCCGUGGCCCGGACCGUCACGCUUGGAGCGGAUCGAGUCCACAGAGAUUUAGACAAAGAGAGACAAUCGACGUUUGUUUAACAGAGAACUAUUGAGCUGACACACACAGACACACACACACGUGUUCUCCAGCUGUUAACCCUCUGUGCCACACUGUCACCCUACACAUCAGUGUCCUGAAUAUUUCUGCUGUUCAGGAAAAACUACAACCUGUCAUAGUGAUGAAUAAUGUUAGUCACAUGACGUUCCAUUUUCUUGGUUUUGUGUCCAUACAAUAGAAGUCAAUGGGGACCCACGGUCCUCGGUUGCUGACAUUUUUCAAAAUAUCUUCUUUUGCGUUCUGCAGAAAAAAAGAAAAUCACACGGGUUUAACAUGACAACAGGGUGAGGAAAUGAUGACAGAAUUUUCAUUUUGAAGGUGAACUAUUCCUUUCAAUCCUACAAUCCUGAAUUUUCAGUCAGUUCCCAACAGUGAUGCAAUCUCUUCACGGCAGUCUUUUAUACAUCCGAUAUGUAUUCAUUUGGAUGUUGUGUUUGUGCAUGAAAAACACAAUGAUGAGAAGGGUGUGAGGAUGUGCGGCCACAGAGGGUUGAGGUGAAUGUGAAGUGAUGUGAAGGAAAAACUUGUGGGUCUGCCGAAGGAUGUGUGUUUGAUGGACUCGUGUUUUAAAGGAUGAACACACGCAUUCAUUCAUUCUUCAAUUUCUAUCACCGCUCGUGACUGCAGUGACUCAACAUGAACAGCAGAGGUCACGAGAGCUUUCUUCUGCACACAAGAUUACUUGAAUGACUGAAACCCACUUUCCUGUUUUAUUGGUUUGUAAAAUCAACGGAACCAAAUGUGGAAACUGAUUCUUUCCAUAUUGAUGGACUGUGGAGGAUUCGAGCUGUUCUUUAGAGAGCGCUGACGGAAGUGUGUGUGUUCUAAUUCUAAUAUUGUUCUGGAGUGUUGUGGGUUUACAGACAGCCUGUGAAUAUGAUGAUGGGUAUUUAUGUGAAAUCGUUAUUUCCAGUAUAACAAGACAUUGCGUGUGAAUAUUUUGAAAAGACGAUCAAGAUCGUUCUUUCAUUGUUCUGAUUAUUGUGAAUUGAUAAAGCUGCCAUUUAGCUUUGUUUUGUUUUUUCUUAAACACGGCCUGUAAAAAGUUUGCGCCUAUUAACACAUUAACCACAACCAUGUUCCUUUUGAUGUAUUUCGGAUGUAUUUAUUUGAUUUGUCGAAGUAAUUUAUUGAUUUAGAGAUUAAAUGUUUCUCUACUUUUAGUGUUUGUAUUUAUGUUCCUGUAUUGACUGGUCAACCCAAUCAAAAACCAUUUCAAACAAUAAAGACA